AUGUGCUUGGCUACAGUUGAGUUCAGUGAAGCGUACUCAUCUCCACCGCCGGUACCAAAUACCGGUCGAAUGGCUCCUGACCUACAUUCUGCCCCCCUUUUUUCCUACCCUCCUGUCGAUUGGUCGCUGCUAAACCUACAAAUCACUGUCCGAACUCGGGCUGCCUACGAGCCUUCAAUUCCCAUCCUCGAGAAAAGACAACCAUCUUCACUAGCUUGCCCACACAACAUGAAGAAGUCAGCAAAACGGAGUGCUCAGGAGUUUAUAGUACAAAAUGCAAGGACUGUGAGCAAAGAUACAUCAAAGAGAUGGGAAAAACACCAGCGACUAUGCAGAAAAAUGGACACGGAAAGAUCGGAGAUGGCUGAACACAUCGCUAUUACCGGCAUUCUCACACCAGCCGUCCACUUAAGCGGACACGGGCCCCAAACAAUGAGACAAGAUGCGAGUGAGCAUGAGGGAGAGGAUAUCCAAGUCAUGGGUUUGGUGCCUAUGGAGAGGAAGAUUCCUAGGCACUGA